AUGGACCAAAUAGACCUGUCGUCCUUAGAAGGCCCGCCUGUCAUUCACCGGCCUCAUUCCACGAAUCCUUACUCGGGCGUACCCAGUAUACAGUUAGAUUAUUCAGCAUUACCACUGGAAGCAUUCGAUGGCCUGCCAAGCCAUCCUCCACGGCCAGCCUCCGCUGAGCCGGUGCCGUCGUCCCGACAGAAGUCGCCUAGUAUAGCACCUGGCGUGAACUGGCACCGUCGUGAACGAGGCAAUAUGCAGCAUCCAGCAAACUUAACACCCGGGAAUGGCAUUCGCCAAGGUGCCUCUGAACGAAGAAUCGAUUGCUCCACUGCGCGCCGCCCCAUCUCUCAUCCGGGCCACUCCUCUCCUCUGGGCCUAUUCAACCCGCAUCCUAGAGUAGAAAGGCCUAUUCGCGUGCAAAGCGCCUCGCCAUCCCACCAACUUAUCUGGCUCGAUGAACAAAAUAUCUGGGUGCGAGCAGAGAUCACCAUCUCAACGAAUUUCCCUGGCCAAGUGCCCACACUGACUCACUCUCGCUCGAUGGACACAUACUUGACGAAUAAUGGCGAGCGGGACGCAGACAUCCCCUCCUCUCCGCCACCCCCAUAUGAACAGCAUGUAUUCGAUCAGCUGAUAGCGUCGCGGCGGGUGAGCCGGGGAGAGCCUUCGUCGCGAAUGGCCGCGCACGAUUCAAUGUGGACGGCCGUGGCGGGCCGGAGGGCACAUCGGGCCCCUUUUGGCAACUGA